AUCCAGGAGAGCAUGGCGCGCGUAAAUGGUUCUACGCGCUAUUAGCUGCAGACGGGUCUGAUUGCCGAAUUAUAUCGCUAUUGGACUGUAACGACAUCUGUUUUAGUCUAAAAUGCCCAUGGCUGUUGACGGCAAACUGACCGAGGUCAAGUACACAAGGCCAGAGUGCGCUUUUUGUGACCUCAGCGACCGAUUUACGCUGCCCGAUCGCACGUUCAACCGGCAGUAUGCCGCCUUCUACUGCGCCCGUUACCAAGCCGUGCGUUCCUUUCUAGAAGACCGAGCCAAGGAAAAAUGGGGCAAGCUGGACGUUCCGCUCGCAACACUGUGCGACCUCGUCGAGGACAAGAGAUCAGUCGUCGUAGGUACACUGUUCAAGAUCAUGGAACUCCAGCCGAGCAUCUUGAAGGAAAUCAGCGAGGAGCACCACAUCGCGCCGCAGCCUCAACGCAGCCACUUCACGGACAACGCAGACUCGCUCGUCCUCGAAGACGACAAGCAGCGGCUAGCUCUCUCCGGGGACAUCGACGUUCACACUCACGUAACAGGUGUUCCCGUAGCGCUGCUGGGUCGAGUGAGAACGGAUGGUCGCUUCGCCGUGGAGGACUUCUGCUACGCCGACCCGCCGGAGCAAAUCAAGAGGCCGCUCCUCGAGGCUGACAUGUUCGUGCUCUUGAUCUCGGGAGUGGGCCUGACCGAGAAAGCAGACAGCCUGCUGCCCUUUCAGCUGCUCAUAGAUUACGUGUCGGGCUUCCUCGGCUGUGAUGCUGACCAGGAGAAGGCAUCACGUGUCGUCCGCGUCAUCUUGGCUGGCAAUAGCCUACGGCAGAAGGGCUCGAGCAAGGACAUGGCUCGGGCCAAGUUUUCCGUUCGCAAGGAGUCGUCUGCGGAUGCCAGCGUGGCACGGCUUCUGGACACCCUCUUGGAGCAGCUUUCACGUUCCGUGGAAGUGGAUGUCAUGCCCGGCCUGUCGGAUCCUGCUGCCAGCCUCCUUCCCCAGCAGCCCAUGCACCCCUGCCUCUUUCCCGGUGCUUCGCAGCGAGCCUCGCUGCGAUGCGUCACCAAUCCUUACCAAUUCGAGUUGGACGGCCUGAGAAUCCUGGGAACGUCGGGACAGAAUGUGACAGACAUCCAACGCUAUAGCAAGCUCACCUGUCCCUUGGAGAUCAUGGAGAAGACAAUGCAAUGGCGCCAUCUGGCGCCGACAUGUCCAGACACGCUGUCGUGCUACCCAUUUACGGAUCAAGACCCGUUCAUUCUGGAUUCGUGCCCGCAUGUUUAUUUCGUGGGCAACCAAAAGAAGUUUGCGACGAAGCUGUACAAAAGUGAGCAGGGGCAGACGGUUCGUCUGAUAGCCGUGCCAUCUUUCUGCAAGACGUUCACCUGUGUCUGGCUAAAUAUGAGAACUCUGGAGUGUGAGCCAAUGAGCUUUGAAGUUAACACAUAAUGCGAAAUAUGUGUGCCACGGUUUUAUUUACGUGAUAAGUUCCAGUGCUUUACGUUAUAUCUUUACAAAGAAAUAAACCAUCUACACUUCAGUA